AUGAUCGUGAGCGAUGAUGCCGAGGCGUUGGCUCUCGACGGAAAAGAAAAUUUUGAAUUUAAACCAAAGGAAGAAAAGAACAACAACGCCGAAGGGACGGGAGGCACACUGUGCGCCUAUGAACUCGAAAGAUUAACCCGAAUACAAAGAAACCAACAAAUCAUGCAAAACAUGGGUAUUGAUGUUUUAGGAAGUACGAUUAAUGGCAUGAAUAAGAAGAGUAAGAAGAGACCGUUAUCAUCAUCAUUGAGGACGCUGAGGAGGAGUGUUGAAACGAAAAUACUAAGACGCUCAACGAGAACAAGAACAGCGAGACAGAACGGAAACGAAGGAGCAGACGGAGAGCAAAACAAAUCAUUAGAAGAGAUACCAGAAGAAGAAGAUCAAGAAGAAGGAGAAGAAUUGUUUGAAACGUCCGCUGUUUGGUAUUAUUGUGAACAACGACAACGACAAGAACAACACAAGCCUCCUCCGACUUUGCCUUCUUCUCCUCCCUCUCCUCCUCCUCCUUCUCUUUCUUCUUCGGUGUUCCUCAGAGGAUAUAAAGAAGCCAAUGAGAAGAAACUCGUCGACCAAUCGAUUAAAAAAGGGUACUAUUCCAUCGAUGAAGGUAGAAAUUAUGGUUUGAUCGCCGCAGCUGGAGAUGGUGGAAUUGUUUCAAUCUUCUCGUCGGCUUCCGACUUACUCCUGUCUUACAAGGCCCAUCAAGGGUGGUGCGCAAACGCGCAGUUUGUGAACAACCGCAACAAUGUGCUCGCUACCGCUGGUGGUAUGGAUGGUACUAUAGCUUUGUGGAACAUCGCAUCCGUUGAAGUCAAAAAGCAAACUCCGACCUUACAAACCAGAAACACAGACAUGCACGAAGCCGGCGUGUUUUCGUUGAACGUCUUCAACGAAAACUCGAUUUUUACGGCUUCAAAAGAUAGGAGCGUGUGUUCUUCGAGAAUAACCGAGGACGGUCAACUCAAGGUUUUGAGAAGAUUCGAUGAUUUCCAUUCUGGCGUGGUAAAAUGCGUGAAAGCGAGGAGCGAGGACGUGUUUGCCACGUGUGGGAACGAUGGCAUCGUCGCCAUUUGGGACACACGAGACUCGAAAGCGAGACCGGUGCACCACAUCGAGAAUGCUCACGGCGGCUGCGCGGUAAAUUUCGUCGAAUGGAACGUUGAAGGUGAUAUCAAUCAAAUUGUUACGUCCGCGUUUGAUGAUUCAAUCAACUUAUGGGACGUUCGACGCGUUGAUGGAGGAAAGCUUCACCGAUUCAAUGCCCACAAACACCCGCGAGUUCAAAAACACAAGAUGUUAUAUUGUCCAGCUUUUACAUUCAACGGAAGAGCGAUUGUGACAGCUGGUGAAGGUACUUCCGCUUUAACUAUUUACGAUAUCGAGAAUAAGAGUAAAGUGUGUUCGGGCGAUAUCGGGUUCGAUUCAACCACUUUGACAUGUCUCUCCGGCGGAAGAGUUGCUGCGGCUAACAAAAGAGAAAUUUCCAUAUUUCUCCCCAUCGUUUGUUGA